CAUGUGGUGAUGUGUAAGAGCUGACAGGCUCCAUUCACUGCAGAAACACAUGUUGUUGAGAUCAGAGCUCAGACUAGUUUCAGUGAUAAGGAAGAGAAACUCACACAGUCACUGACACUGAGAGGAGAAAUGGCGCAGAAAGGAGUUCAGCUGGACCAAGAAACCUUCUCUUGUUCCAUCUGUUUGGAUCUACUGAAGGAUCUGGUGACUACAGCCUGUGGACACAGCUACUGCAGGAACUGUAUUAAAAGUUUCUGGGAUGAAGAGGACAGGAAGGGAAUCCACAGCUGCCCUCAGUGCAGGAAGACUUUCACACCGAGGCCUGUCCUGGACAAAAACACCAUGUUAGCAGAUUUAGUGGAGCAGCUGAAGAAGACUGGACUCCAAGCUGCUCCAGCUGAUCACUGCUAUGCUGGACCUGAAGAUGUGGCCUGUGAUGUCUGCACUGGGAGGAAGCUGAAAGCCAUCAAGUCCUGUUUAGUCUGUUUAAUUUCUUACUGUGAGAAACACCUCCAACCUCACUAUGAUGUAGUUCAGUUUAAGAAACACAAGCUGGUGGCCCCCUCCAAGAAGCUCCAGGAGAACAUCUGCUCUCGUCAUGAUGAGGUGAUGAAGAUUUUCUGUCGUACUGAUCAGCAGAGUAUCUGUUAUCUCUGCACAGUGGAUGAACAUAAAGGCCAUGAAACAGUCCCAGCUGCAGCAGAAAGGACUGAGAAGCAGAAGGAGCUCGAGGUGAGACGACUAAACAUCCAGCAGAGAAUCCAGGAGCGAGAGAAAGAUGUGAAGCUGCUUCAACAGGAGGUGGAGGCCAUCAAUGGCUCUGCUGAUAAAGCAGUGGAGGACAGUGAGAAGAUGUUCACUGAGCUGAUCCGUCUCAUCCAGAAAAGAAGCUCUGAUGUGAAGCAGCAGGUCAGAUCCCAGCAGGAAACUGAAGUGAGUCGAGUCAAAGAGCUUCAGGAGAAGCUGGAGCAGGAGAUCGCUGAGCUGAAGAGGAAAGACGGCGAGCUGGAGCAGCUCUCACACACAGAGGAUCACAACCAGUUUCUACACAACUACCCCUCACUGUCAGCACUCAAAAACUUAAUUUAUCGCUGGGAUCACGAAGGUCGAGGCGAGACAUGGAGGGAAUUCCACGGAUUGGGACUCACUGUACCAGAGGGAGAAGGUGAGUUAUUUCCAGAUGAGGUUGAAGAGCAGAGGUGCAGACAGGAGGGCAGGCGGGUGAGUUUUCAGACUUACUCCGGGAAGCUGAGAGGAAGAGCAGCGGCAGCGAGCAGGUCAGUGAGUGUAAUGCACCUGGUAAAGUCAACAGAAAACUUCACAUGUUCUUCCACGUUCGUAGAAAGGAGCUCAUGGUUCGUAGAGACAGCUGCCAGAGACGGAGGAACGCAAGAACAGGGAGAAAAUGAUCUGCAGGAUCCUGCUGCUCAUCAUCCUCACCUCAUGUGUCUCUGGAUCAUUUGUAGUCAAUGUGACACAGACCUCCUAUCAGGCAGAGGAGAACCACAACAUCACACUGGAGUGGACGUUCACCACCAAACCUGACAGAUCCACAAAAACUCUCAACAUCCUCUGUGAACUGAUAACUGAUAAAGUCUCAGUCCUGUAUCAGGUUCAUGAAGGUGUUGAGGUGUCAGAGUCUCAGGAUGCAAAGUUUUCAGGACGAGUCCAGAGUGACAAAGACGCCCUCAGAGAAGGACGAAUCAGACUUCAACUGUCCAGACUCAGGACUGAUGACUCGGGUCUGUACGUGUGUGAGGUCAACACUGAUUAUGGUUUCAGCUCUGACGACUGUCAACUCAAUGUCACUGCAGCUGCAGAUGAACUCAAAUCUAAGAGACCAACUUUAAAAUCACAAAAAAACAAUAUCUUAAUUGGAGUGACAGCAGUUGGAGUGGCAGUAGUUUUAAUCAUUGUGUGUACAUCUCUGUAUGUCAUGUUGAAAAAAAUAAUAAUUCACCGUAACCUCUAUGCUGAUGUAGAGAUGUUGAGUGUCUCAGAAAAACAAACUGGGACUGACAGGAUUCUCUGUGCAGGACCAACUUUGGAUCAGAGCGAAUCAUCAGUCACACAAAGAAAAGACUCUGAGCUGCUUUAGGUACAGGAAGUGAUGUGUGGUGUGUAACAUGACUUAUGUUAAAUCGGGCUCGUAUUAUCCUGGGAUUGAAUUCACAGCUGUAAUGAGUAAAGGGGGGACAGUUUUUGCCACCAAAAUCCACCUGUGCUGCACACUGGUAUUACUGGUGUGUGCCCGUGUCUGCGUGUGUGUCCACAUAUGCCUGUGCAGAUGGAGGCGAUACAGUUAAGCUGAAAAAGUAUUCGAUCAACAAAUGACUUAAACAAUGACGUCUAACCCAAGAGCAAGCAAAAGUCACGACAAGAAAUCACAAGGCCUGGAAGUGCAUCGUUGACCAAGAUGGAAACCCUGUGGUACCCACGGCGACGUCUUGGCCUCGUGGACGACCUCGGUCUGCCAGCUAAGGACAAAAGAA